UGAACACAAAUUUCGGAUCAAGAAAACAAAGAAAAAAUAUCAAAAAAUCCUCUAAAAAUAUCGAAAGAUUUCGUGAUAUUCCAUUGAUAUUUUUCAACAUAUACCCUCAGUUCUUGCUACUUAAAUAUGACUGAUUCGAUUAGUGCUAUUAGGCAUAAUUCGAAUGGAAAAACGUUACUGGAUAACUGGGUUGAAGAGAGACAAUCAGCGCAGUUUGAAGAUCCUAAUGCUACUAUACCUACUUUACAAAGACAUGGACACAGGGGCAUUAUGACCACAGAAUUUGAAGCAAAAGCAGAGGACCUCACAACAGUAAGAGAUUCUUAUAGAGAACCCAUAGAGUUGGGUAUAAGAACCAGAGGAACAAAAGAAGAACACUUACGAAAUAAACUGAUGGCACAAGUUGCUGCUGAGUUGGAAGAAGAGCUCAACCCUCCACCACCCCCUGUGGAAUUAAUAUCAACGACACAUAAAGACUUUAAUAAAGAAUUUGAACCAUUCAUAAAAGAGCCAACAAGGAAUCAUGACGUAAAUAAAGAUCAAUCUUUAAGUUUUUGGCUUGAAAGGCACCAAGAAAUUCAUGGGGUUUCACAAGUCAAAACACAAGACACUCCUUUCCGUAAAAAUGCAUCAUUCAGCACUCCUAUUGGGGAGUAUUUGGAUGCGCCAAAACCAGGAGAACAAUGGAAAUUCUAAUGCUCGUUUUAAAAUAUCUUAAGUUUUAUAAAUAUUAAGAAAAAUGCUAGACUUUGACAACCAGUAAAGUCAUGCCUGGUGUUGGUUAUAAUAUUGCCGUUACAGACUGAAAUCCAUGUAGAAAUUUUUGCAUGAUACUAGUGAUAUACCACCCAUAGAGUAUAGGUCAAGUGGAAGUAUGAAUAAAAUGAAAUCUUAAAAUUUUUAAUGUA